CCUCACAGGACUCGCAGCAGCGCUUGCCCCGUAAAAUGUCCAUCUCUUUCGGCUCAAGUUGAUGCCCCCUUGGCGGCCCAAGAAUCGGGUCGCAUUCCGGUACUCGAAUACUUUUUGGCUCCCUGUUUAAAGGUGCCAUGUGGCGUCUGAUCGCAGCGACUUUCGUGGCACUUGGUGCAGGUGCUGAGGUGGAUUUGCAUCGUCCAGGAGAAGUCGUCUCUGUGCCCCUGACGCUGGCGGACGGCCCUGCAGGCCCUGGAUUGCAGCUGGGUGCUCGUGAGCAGCGUGUGCCCAUCAUGUUGGGCCCGCAGUUGGACGUUAGGAUCACCCCAGGCAAGCCCAAAUUGAGGCCACAGGUCGACAGCUCCGAAGCCACCCCCUGGACCUCGCUCCUGCGCUUGGCAUUUUGCCUCACGGGAUUUGCUUUGGUGUACAUGGCCACCGUGCAGCAAGAGGCAGAGCAAGGCCGGAUGUCACGCUUCAAGAAGAUGUGCUCCAUGCUGAUGAAUCGUAGUCUCGAGCGCAAGUGAACCAAGUGAAGCAAGUGAAGCAAGUGAAGGAUUGAUGCCUCCGGAGGUUCCCUGAAGGGGAUCUCCUUGAUGACUAGUCCAACAUGCAUUGGAUUUGGUGGAUUCAAAUUCAAAUUACAGUCGUUAUCCCGACUUUGGGACAUGGAGCCCAGUGACUCGUUUUCGGAGUUUCGGAGUUGAGCCACCAAUCAAUGAUGCUUAGAUUGGUCACCAAUCUUGCCAAUAUAUUUUGGCUCGCGCGGACUUGCUCUUGUGGCCUUGUAGCUUCUGUAGACAUGAGUGUUGCUGGACACUUUGCAAGCCUUGAGCUUGGCAGACUCUGAUCAAAAGACCUGGUGGGUGAUUGUUUGGUGGUUGCAACAUGUUGCAACAUGUUGCAACAUGUCU